AUGAAUGUUCCAGUAAAGCCAAUCGACAGCUGGUCAAGAGGACUCAGAUUGCCUCGGAAACAGCGUCAGCAUGAAUCUUCCAGUAAAGCCAAUCGACAGCUGGUCAAGAGGAAUCUGCGAUUGCCUCGGAAACAGCGUCAGCAUGAAUCUUCCAGUAAAGCCAAUCGACAGCUGGUCAAGAGGAAUCCACCGUUGCCUCGGAAACAGCGUCAGCAUGAAUCUUCCACUGGUCAAGAGGAAUCCGCCGUCGUCUUCUGGUGGAACCGACCUCCGACGCACGAAACUAAGCAAGUUUGCACCGGAAUCGAAGAAGAUUACCUCGGAAACAGCGUCAGCAUGAAUCUGCCCGAUGUCCGUCAUAUGACGGACGAAAGCUUAGCACCUUUUCACCGGAAUCGAGGGAGAUUGCCUCGAAAACCGCGUCAGCAUGAAUCUUCCAGUAAAGCCAGCACGGGUUCACCGGAAUCGAAGGAGAUUGCCUCGGAAACAGCGUCAGCAUGA